GCACAGAUCAUCGUGCGGUACCCCUUUGGACAGCCGUCAACACUCAUCUGUACCCAUACGUAGCUGAUGUCAUACUUCAAAGGCAUGCAGAUGCUAUGAACAGUGUUUAUCAUCAUGGCACCGUUGACGAAUUCCCGGCUAUGUUCUCUGUUGACGGUAGCUGGCUCACCCUCCAUCCAAAAAACCUAUGGCCGCAUUCUUUCUCUUGAUAGCUUGUUUGGAGGUGUUAUUCGCAGCAUCGGGACUUGUAUGGCUGUCGACUCGUUUCAGCUGCAUGACGAAAUUCCUUCUUUCAAACUAGACGGCAAUCGUUACGGAGUGUUGAAGCUCCUAUAUACACUAAUUUCAAACAACGAAUUUGGUGGUGAUGCUUCUGUUCGAAGUCAAGACCUGCGUAUCACAUUGAUGGUAUUUCUUCGGGUGCUCAAUUCGACGUCUCCUCGUCCUCGUUUCCUUCCUGAGGACUGGUGCACACCAAUCAUGGCAGCUAACUUUGUCCGAAUUGCUUUCCAGGAUGAAGCAUGGACAUCACGCGAUGAACCACUUCACUCUCGCGACGACGCAACCUUUGAUCAUUUUUCAGCAGCGGCUGAACUAGUCCAUUAUUUUCUCCGAUUCCCUCCCGUGAUGAAUGAGACUUUUUCUCGUUUUGUUUCUGGGCGUCUUCUUGAUCCAAUAGCGAAUUUACGCGGUGGUGAUUUAUACUUUCACCGUGCCUUAUCAAUGGUUUUGGAUGCGUUUAUCGCCGGGUUGGAAUCCGAUGUACUGAAACCUGAGACUUUUCAGCAGUCUAUAGCGUACCUAUUCGAGCCCAAAAAUCUUUUCACCGUUUGCGCAGUUCUCCUCAUGCAGAACAAGGCCCCUUCGGCUCUUCGUCGCCUCGCGCUCCUUCGCCCGGAUAAUCCCGCAUGGCGAGAGUGCUUAAAGAAACUUGACACCUUUCCUGCGCACUUCGAAGUCGAAUAUUCUUCUACGCGCCUUUCUCACGCCAUUUGGGACUUUCAAACAUUUGUUGAAGGAGGUUGCGUCGGAGUCUACAGGAUCAAUAUGCCUGGUUGUCAGACACCGCGACGAGAUCACGAUGGGAGCUACCGUCCGGAAAAUACGCCGCCGAGAACUAAAUUAUGGCUGAGGCUAUGGAAUCAGUUUUGGUUGCAUCGUGGUCGGUCCACCAGCGCGGAAGUCGCAAUGUUCAGCGGUAAUGGUCAAGUGUAAAAUUCCUUCUGGAUAUAUAUAUAUAUCAAU